AUGGAUCUCCUGGGGGAUCAGAGUUUGGCAUCGCCCUUGAAGCACAGCUAUCUUGGAAGUUUCCAUCUGCCCCCGGACCGGAUCCCUCCUCCGCUGUCCGCCAAGGGCGCCUCCGAUGUCGGCGAGUUGAACCUGCACAAAGGCAGAUUGCAACCGUGUUCACCAGUGCCCGACGCUAAUGGCAAAGCGGUAAUUGCUGCGCUGAAGAAACUUCAGGAGAAGAUGCGCCGCUUGGAGCUGGAGAGGGUCCAGGCCCAGAAUAAUGUCAGGCAGCUGUCGCGGGCAGGUCACUGGGGCCCAGCAACCAGGGAGCCUCAACAGGACCCAGCCACUGAAGGGGCGAGUGCAUCCAGCCAAGAGCUGCUGCAGUCGGCAGAAGCUCGUUGUAAUCUGCUGGAGAAGCAGUUGGAUUACAUGAAGAAGAUGAUGGAGAAGGCAGAAAAGGACAAGCUCUCGAUAAUUCAGAAACAGUCCUGCCUGCUGAGGUCAAGGAUGACAGACCAAGCAGACUUCCACACUAAACUGGAAAAGCUGGAAAAGCUGGAGAGGGAGUGUCUGAAGCUGACCAGCACGCAGUCUGAAGCUGAGAAAAAGUUAGAGGCGCUGGACCAGAAGCUCCUUGCGGAGAAACGCGAGCGACUAGCCCUGCAGGAGAAGGUGUCCUGGCCUCAAAGAGAUCAUGAGGAUGACUGCCACCUCCACAGAUCACCUGCUUCUGAAUCAGCGGGACGGAAGAAAAGGAAAAUGAAAGCAGUGAGGAAAACGGCCAAAGUGAAGAGCGCAGCACCGGUUUCCCUGACUCUCCCCAAGGCGACGGUGCUGCCGUUCGUGGCAGGGAUGUCCACCAGUUCGAGUCACUCUGUACAUGCCAACAUCCAGAGUGUCCUGCACAUGAUGAAACAUCACCCAGCCCAGCCACGGCACCUGUCUCGCCCCUGCCAGAAGCUCAGCCCAUUCUCAAGCAGAGGAACCCGCAGGACUCUGAUCCCCAGCCAGGGGGCCUCUGCCUCAGGCAGCUUGUCUGAGGUCCUGUUAGCUCUCCAGGACGAGCUGGGCCAAAUGAGCUUCGAGCACCAGGAACUUGCGAAGCAAAUCAAGGAAACGCAGAAGCAUGGGCUGCGGGAGGACCUGGAACGUGAGCUGGAUUGCCUGGUCAGACGCAUGAAGGAUAAGGGAACACAAAUCUCCCAGCUCCGGAAGCACCAGCAGGAGGUGGAGAAGUUGAAGCAGAAGGCUCUGGAGUUGAAAAGCAGCACUGAGAGCCCCGGUAAGGGGACUGUAAGGCAGCUGAGGUGCACCAGGCCACCCCCACAAUCUCCACUGCCUAGCGAUGGAGUCCCACAAAGGGCCCAGACCCGGGGGAAGCGCGGGACCACGCCUCAGCCCAAGCAGGCGCAGGGGCUACAGACGAGCCUGAAGAGGAGCGAUAUCCUGUGGGAGACGUAGCUAAGUGAGCACCUCCUCAACCUUCGCUAUCGCUGCCCUUGUGCCAUUUGAUGUCAGCAUUAGCCCUGGAGGUUCCCACGAGACGUGAACCAUGUGGGUGGAAUGUGAGUAGCAAUUAAAGUGGCUCACGUAGCAUCCCCACACUCUCGAGGAUGUUUUUAUGAAUGGAUUCUGUCAUCUUGCAUCUGUUUAAGUUUGACAGAUUUAUAUAUGUGUGUGUGUGUUUAAAUAAACCAUUUUGGUAUUUA